CAAACCGCAAUCAAUACCUAUAACUCUGUGAUGGAGCAGUAUAAUGACAAGUGUGGUGGUGGUAUAUACUGGUCGCGAGAUCGUAACAGCGGUAAAAACAAAGAAUACAAAUCUGUCAUUACAAACGUGCAGCAUAUGGUGCUUUCAUCCCAGCUUACGAUUGUAACGGGGGAUAAAAAGUAUGUUCAAGUUGCAGAGAAGAUUUACAAAUGGAUGCUCAAGUCAGGAUUGAUUUCAGAAAAGUAUCAUGUUUACGACGGAGUGGACGCAUCGGAUUGCAGUAUAAACUCAAAGGAGUAUUCGUACAACUCUGGUUUACUUUUGGGAGGAUUAGCAUAUAUGUACAAGGCUACAAAGAAUGAGCAAUACAUCAAGGAUGCAGCCAAGUAUCUCCCAACAAUGCUUGAGAUUUACUCUCAAGAUGGAGUCUUGAGAGAUCUGUGCGAAGAC